CUUCAUUUCUAUUGUGUGUCCCUCAACAGGAGGAAACGCGUGCGUGGCUGUUGGCUAGAAUCGGCUGAGAAGCAAACGUAUUGACGGGUGUUACAGCUGAUAUAAGAAGCGAGGAAUUAACAAUCUAUCGAGGAGUAAUGCUCUUCGUUUUCAGGUUAGGCAUAUGGAAACGAAGCAUACGUCAGCUUAAUGGUGCUGCAUUUCACCUGCCACACAUCUUAUCUUUUGGUUCUUGAUCUUCCCUGCCAAACCCAACUGGACAAUAGACGGUAAAAGACCGAACUUGACCGACUAUGGCACCCAUAUUCGCCGAGCUUCGAGCAGCUAUCACGAGCGGAGAUGUACUCGUGCCAGGAAACUCAGGCUACGAAGAGAGUCUUCAGCGCUGGAGCGAGACCUGCAUCAAACCAGCUGCUGUGGUCGUCCGACCCACAACUGCCAGCGAAACAAGCGCCGCAGUACAAUUUGCACGAAAGCACUUCAUUCCUUUUACCGUCCGCGGAGGUGGCCACAGUCCAAGUGGCACAUCCUCGUCCAAUGGAGGUAUGGUAAUCGACUUGAGCCGUAUGCGCUCAGUCUCUGUUGAUACGACUAAUCAGACUGUCACGUUUGGCGGUGGAUGUAUUUGGGAAGAUGUAGAUUCGGAAUUAUGGAAACAUCGUCUCGCGACCCCAGGGGGAACCGUAAGCCAUACUGGCGUGGGAGGGCUGAUUCUGGGUGGUGGCUUCGGUAUGCUGACCGGACGCCAUGGAUUGUGCAUCGACGUUCUCCUAAGCUGCGAGGUCGUUCUUGCGAAUGGUAAUGCCGUCACGGCCAACAAGACGGAAAAUGCAGACUUGUUCUGGGCGCUCCGGGGCGCCGGCCAGAGUUUCGGCGUUGUGAUUUCAUUUACCUCGCGCUGCUUUCCGCAGGGAGACGUCUGGGGAGGUUUGAUGGCGUGGCCCAUGUCGAAGCUUUCCGACGUAGUGGCCUUCAUGAAUGAGUUCGUGUCCAAGACGGAUGGGGAUCAGUUUAUGAUGCCGAUGCUCGUGUGCCAUCCCGUGACGGGGGAGCCGUGCAUCGCAGCAUCAAUGUUCUUCAACGGGGACAAAGAUGAGGCAGAAAAGUUCUAUGGACCGCUGAUAGGCCUGAAAGAGAGGCUCAUGGCCACCACGGACGUCAUCCCGUACCCGACGGCCAACACCUUCCCGAAUCUGAAGGUGCCUCCCCAAAAGCGGUAUAUGUUCAGCGGAGCAAAUUUCGUGUGUCCUUUGGACACGAAAGUCAUGCAGGAGGCCUCAGACAUCUUUCACGGGGCAAUUAUGCUACCUGGGAAUGAAGAAAUGAAGGCUAGGUGCAUGGUGGGGUUCGAGCUUGCGCCUGACGCGAAGCUCAAGUCCGUUCCUACGACCGAGACCGCAUUUGCGGGCCGAAACAAUAACGUAUUCAACAUUGUCAUUGUGAUCUCGUGGGACAACGAGAAGAAAGACGACGAAGCAAAAGAGAUUUGUUCGAGGGUAUCCGGAUUUCUGAAAGCAAAGGGCUGGCAAGGCGAUGAGUCUGGGGAUCGAGGCGGGACAUAUUACAACUACUUGAACCCCGCCGUGGAUGAAGAUCGAGUUUUCGUCAAAGCUGACAGAGUCUUCGGGUCCAACAUCGAAAGACUGAGAGAGUUGAAGCUGAAGUAUGAUCCUACGAACGAGUUCAAGAAGGCUGUGGACUUGAUGCCGAGUCUCAACGAGAAAGCGUUAAGUAAUUAGAGCAUAAGUGCUGAAAUAGCUUUUGAGGCUGAGUGAGGGGGUUCCCGAUGGCUGCAACGGUGUAGAACACUCACACUCCGCUCUCCGGGUGAAUCUUUUUGUUUUUCUUUCUGUUGGAACCGAGAGUUAUGUCGUCUGGCACACACGCCUCUCUCAUCACGUAUCUCAAGUCGUGAACUACAAGAUGUCUUUGCCUAGACUCAGAAUCGUAUCUGUAUUGUCAUAGGUCUAC